CACAAUGCGCCUGUCGUGAUUUUCAUUGAUUCCCCAUAAAGUUGGUUUAGUUCGAAACCGGAGUGUCAGCGAGUAAACAUGGAAAUGGAAACAUUGUAGGAUUUUAAUGAUUUAUAAGUUCAAAAGAAAGUUGUGAUUUCAGCAUGACACAUUUACGAACAAGCAUGUCAGGAGUACUUGUGGCGUUGGUUGUUAUGUUGCAAGGUGUCCACUCGAUGACCAGUACCAAGUCUAUGACGGCAUUAUCCAGGGCCAACCUGCCCGUCCACGUCAACGACAGCGUCAUCGUAGAGCUCACGGAGCAGAUACUGGAGGAGAGAUCGGGCAAGUUCCUACACUGUGCUGUUGACGUCAUCACCGACCCGUCACGGCGUCUUCUCCUACACUUCCUCUCCAUGGAUAUAUCAAAAGACAAUCUCACACCCGACAGACUUCACAUAUACGACUACCGUCCGGGCGGAGCAGUGAAGCAGGUGACGCCCGUGAUGGGUCUUUUCGGUGUGUACGACUCCUACUUUAAGGACACAAGCCCGGGGGUGAUGGAUUACAAGUCCUCCCGCAAUAAACUCCGGCUAGACUACAUGGGCAAGCCAAAUCUCUUAUAUAGUGGCUUCCGGAUACUCAUUACGUCGUUUCAAGAUUUGCGAAGCGAUGAUUGUGAUCGUUUACACCACCACUGUGGGCGGGCCCAAAUCUGUGUUCCCCUGUCAGUCAUGUGUGACGACGAGUAUAACUGUGGCGACGGCGACCAGACUGACGAAAAUACCUGCCACCUGGUGGUCGACCCUGAGUGGAAAGGGGCAGAAGCUACCAUUACGGCCGUGGUAGCCGCCGGUGUGGCUAUUAGUGUCUUUCUCCUGGUUAUUGUUGCUGUCCUCUGUUUCCUUAAGAAACAAAACAGAAGAAGUUACAUUAGACAACAAAGUGUACAAAUAUACGCCAAAAGGAAAGCCAACGGAGAGUGGACAGUUGGAAAUAACAUCGACACACUGGGCGUGACUGAACUAUAUGCCCCGCCCACUUAUGAGGAUGCUGUUAAAAAGGAGGUGAAUGAGGAACCGCCCCCUGCUUAUGAUGUUGUGUCCACACUCCCCCAGUCCCAACUACAGGGGUCACCAUAUUCCGUCCGAUCAGUUAAUAGGGUAACGGUUGUGUGUAUCGAACGUCCAUGUGACAAUGAUAACAUAGACAAUCUAGAGGAGUGCCAAACAGAAAUAGUAUGUAUAGCUGCUCCCGAGCAGGCUCCAGAUAGAACGGACGAUGUUCAAAAUGUCACUUCUUGCCCACAAGAAAAUGCUUCCCUAGACAACGAACCAUUGAUAAGUAUCUCCAACAAAAGUGUUUCUAAAUCUGAUGAUUGUUCCCAAUCAUGUUCUUCCGGUCAGGAGGAGGAUUCUGGGACGUAUGCCGAGGAGAGUUCCCAGGAGAGCGGAAGCAGUAAUCUGGAGGAGGACUUGAUAUCUGUAACGUCAGACUUCCAGAUGACAGACGGAAAAAGUUACUUAGACAACGCAACUACAAAAUCAGGAGAAAAAACUCCGGACUACUCCAAUCGGAUAUGUCUGAUGAAUUGUGACGAUAUUGAAUACGUGGACACAGUGGAUGAUGUGAACGGGAAUGGUGUGUAACAAAACGUUUCUUUUCCAACGCAGAGAGCAUUAAUUUCUAUGUCACCACAGUCCUCAUUUGUAGCGCUAUAGGGUCAUGUCAAUCCCAAUUUUAAACGUCGUAUAUAACAUAUAUGAAAUUAAAGACUGAAACGGUAUGUUUCCAGGAGAAAUUAAUUAUUUUUCAAUGUUAGGCCUUUGUAAAUGACAUGUUAAAACCAAUCGGUAUGAUGAUUUGUAUGUACCGUGAGCAAAGAACUACCGAUUUCAAAGAUAACAAGUAUCUAAGCUUAACAAUGGUUCCAUGCAUAUAAUUUGGGUUUGUAAAAAACGAAAAGCAAAUUAACGUUGUACAUAUGUAUGUCAACAAAAUGUAAGAAUGCUAAUGCUUUAGAUCGAAGAAAGACGAAACAUCUUGUAAAGCAUUGCAUUGAUUUUCCCUGAAACUAAUCAGCAUGAUAUCGUUCUAUGUAUAAAUUACAAAAUUCGUGUGAUAUUAUAGACAUUUCACAAACCACAUGAAGUUCAGACCAAUACACGUGUGCGUUAAGUUAUUAGCAUUACACAAUUCCCAUGAAGUUGAAAACGUUACACAAAUUCACGUGAAGUUAAGACCAUUACGUAAUACGCGUAAAGUUGUCAACAUUACGUUAUAUACUUGAAGUUACAGACAGUAGAAAUAAGACACCUGGAUGAUGCUUUUAUGGUCACUAUACACUACAUCGAACAGACAGUAUCCCUCCAAGCGUAUACACUCUCAUGUAAAAUGUUUCUGAAGUUAUAUUUACUUUCUCAUCGGCAACUAGACAAGUCCAUCCAUUCAUAAUUAGUUUUAGUACAUUUAAGAUGCUGGUGCUAAUAAAAACAAUAUUUAAACAUUCAUUGUAAUUUUUCCAUGCUUAAGGUCACGCUACCACAAUUGGUACAAUUUUGACAGAUUUUUAGUGAUCUUUAAAAAUUCAGAUCUUGUAUCUGGAAUG